AUGUCUACCUUCAACACAGAACUAUUAAGAGAUUUGGACGAAAGUUCCAGACAAGAGAUUGCUCAACUCAUUGAGGCCGAGAACUCCAAGUCCAAGAUCCAGAUGUCCAUCAGUCAUUACACAGACAUGUGUUUCAAGAAGUGUAAUGCCAAUAAGCCAAUCUCCACUGGUAAUUUGGAUUCCAGCGAAGAGAAGUGUUUGACCAACUGUUUGAAUCGUUUCUUAGACACAAAUAUCAAGGUGGUUCAUUCUUUACAAGGUAAGAAGUGA